AUGUCAUCUACCGCAGUUGUAUUGAAUAACAUUUAUAUUGGAAUUACAAGAUAUUAUUUUCCAGUUGUUUUCGUCAGUGGAUUAUUUACUAAUGUAGCAAAUAUAUUAAUAUUUUCUUAUGGUAGACUUCGCACAAAUAUUUGUUCAUGGUAUUUCAUAUGUUUGUCAAUUAGUCAAAUUCUUUCACUAUUUUUCAAUGGUCUUUAUCGUAUGAUAGUUAUUGGCUGGAAUAAUGGCUAUGAUUAUUCACAAAUAUCAAUGGAUCUUUGUAAGUUUCGAAUCUACGGAUCUGUAUUGAGUGUUGCCUUAAGUCGGCAUUUUUUGUGCUUAAUAUUAUUGGAUCGCUGGAUGAUAACAUCACGUUCAGCUUCAUUAAGGAAUAAAAGUUCUCUAAAAUAUGGUCGAUGGGUGAUCCUUUUCAGUUUUGUAUUUUGGAUGUUAUUUUCUUUACAAGUUCCAAUUGGAAAUCCAAGUGUAACAUUAAGUUCUGGUUGCAUGCCACCGCCAGGUUCCACUUAUGCUAUAUUCUACACAGUUUAUACAAUUAUUAUUGGAAUUCUUCCUUUAUUUAUUAUGAUCUUAUUUGUUUUCUUAAUAAUGAAAAAUUUACAAAACAGAGGUCGAACAAUUCAUCCAAGUGCUUCUUUAACACAACAAACUUUAAAUCAUUUACCAGCAAGACAAUCUCGAAGUGAUUUUCAACUAAUUCGACUAAGUUUAAUUCAAAUUUUGUUUUUUAUCAUAUUCAAUGCAAUCUACUCAACAUUUAACCUUUAUUUUGUUGUUACAAGUUCGGUAGUAAGAGUUGGUAAUCGGCUUCCUAUUGAAAAAUUCGUUAUUAAUAUAGGUUAUACGCUUUUAAUUACAUAUGCAGCAGUAAGUAUUCUAUUUACAUUAGUUCUCUUGAAGAUAUAAAUAGUUUUAAUGUCAACAUAACAUUUUCUACUUUUAGGUAACAUUUGCUCUAUAUAUAUUGGCAUCAAGUAUAUUCCGGCAACAGUUUAAAGAAUGUUGUAAAAGAAUUUAUCAAAAUGUUAUUCGUAUUAUAAAUAAUGCCUGAUCGAGCAUUAUCAAAUGAUUACUCAAAACAUUAUUCUAUGUUGUUUGUACUUGUAGAUUUCUUUAUUGUGAUUAUCAAACUAAAUAAAGAUUCAAUAUCUCUUUAUUAACAAACAUUCUUAAAAAUAAUGAUUAAACUAGCAUUGAACGAUAUACAAAUAGAUUUUAAUAUGAAUUAUAUUUUAGAGAAAAAACAACUUUUGUUGCUUUAUUUUUAGUUAUAUCAUACCAAAGAUUUUGAUAAGGAUUUAAUAAGCUAAACAAAGGAAUAUAAUGAUGAGAAACAAAUACUCGUAAUCAUCGCUCAGAAAGAAUAGUACGAUAGUGGUAAACGACCGUGGGUGUGAGUGAGUUGAUUAUGAAUCAACGAAAACUGGCAUACCGACGCACUGAAAAAGAUCCAUUUUCGAAAACAUACUAAUACUACAACUGAUUUUCUUAAAAUUAUUUUCACUCAACCAAAUUGAGCAAUCAUAAAUCAAACAAAUAUUUCGUUUUGUUGUAGAUCCCUUUCGUACAUCGAAUUAAUACUUGCGAAGUAGAUUCAUCAAAAAACUUGUUAUAGCUUGGACCAAUAAUUCAAAUAGUGUUUCAUGAAAUAAUUUUAUGAAUGAAGGAUAAGUCUCAUCUUUUAACAAUAAGCAGGAUUUUUUUAAUCUUGAACAGAUAUUUUUCAACAUCGACUAGAUAAUAUCAAUUCAAAUAAAAACAGUUUUGUUUUAGUUGACAUGUUUGUUGUAUUUCAAACAUCUCGUUUACAUGUAAAAGUUAAAAAUGAUAGUUCACGACAGAAAAAUCUUUCUUGUUAUUAAAAAAUAAAAAUUUUCAUUUAUUGUGUGCGCAAUUCAAUUAUAGAUUAAAUUAAAACUGA